AUGUCACCACCAGCAACUACAACAUCGACUAAGUCGACCGGUGAUGAACAAAUUCCAAAUGAAAAUGGUUUAUCGACCGAAAAAGCGUCUACGUCAUCUACAUCUCCAUUGAACAAAAUUGAGAAAGUUGUCGUUCAUCCACUCGUACUUCUAAGCGUGGUAGAUCAUUUCAAUCGCAUGGGAAAGAUAGGAAAUUCACAACGUGUCGUCGGAGUCCUACUUGGUUCACUUAAGAAUAAAAUUCUCGAUGUUUCAAAUAGUUUUGCAUUACCGUUCGAUGAAGAAGAUAAAGAGAAAGAUGUUUGGUUUCUCGAUCAUGAAUAUUUGGAAAAUAUGUACACAAUGUUUAGAAAAGUGAACGCUCGUGAACGUAUUGUUGGAUGGUAUCAUACUGGUCCGAAAUUACAUCGGAAUGAUAUUUCAGUUAAUGAAUUAAUCCGAGGAUAUCAUCCCGAUUCAGUUCUUGUGAUCAUCGAUGCAAAACCAAAAGAUUUAGGCUUACCAACUGAAGCAUACAUUGCUGUUGAAGAAAUUCAUGAUGACGGAAGUCCAGCUUCGAAAACAUUCGAACAUUUACCAUCCGAAAUUGGCGCUGAAGAAGCAGAAGAGGUUGGCGUCGAACAUCUUCUUCGUGAUAUUCGUAAUGCAACUGUUGGCACACUGUCUCAACGUAUAACAAACCAAUUGAUGGGUCUCAAAGGCCUGACAAAAAGUUUAUACGAUGUUCGAGCGUAUCUUGAUAAAUUACUAGCAAAUAAAUUACCAUUAAAUCAUCAGAUUUUAUCACAUAUCCAAGAUAUGUUUAACUUGUUACCUGAUGUUACGCAUCAAGAUUUGAUCAAGUCAAUUUAUGUGAAAACCAAUGAUGAAAUGUUGCUUGUUUAUCUGUCAUCAUUAAUACGUUCGAUUAUAGCUUUACAUAAUUUAAUUAUGAAUAAAAUUCAGAAUUCUGAUGCGGAAAAAACAGAUAACAUACCCAGCACGACAACAACAACAGCAGCAGCAGCGACGAACAAUUCUGAUAAGAAAACAGAAAAAGGAAGCGGUGAUAAAUCGACAACAAAUAGCAAUUCUGGUUAA